AUGGACGACUCCUACGCGCGUCCUAUACAGGACGUCCUGGCCAAUUUCGGCGUCGACACAAAAUCCGGUCUCACCGACGACCAGGUGCUUGAUCUGCGCACCAAGCACGGCAAGAAUGCUAUUCCAGAAGAGCCCCCGACGCCCCUGUGGGAGCUCAUCCUCGAGCAGUUCAAAGACCAGCUGGUCCUCAUUCUCCUCGGCUCUGCCGCCGUCUCGUUCGUCUUGGCUUUCUUCGAGGAGGAGGGCGGUUGGAGCGCAUUCGUUGAUCCCGCCGUUAUCCUGACUAUCCUUAUCCUCAAUGCCGUCGUCGGUGUUUCCCAAGAGAGCAGCGCCGAGAAGGCCAUCGCCGCCCUACAAGAGUACUCGGCCAACGAGGCCAACGUCAUCCGGAACAGCGGUCAUAUCUCGAGGGUCAAGGCAGAGGAGCUGGUCCCCGGCGACAUCAUCUCGGUCUCUGUCGGCGACAGAAUCCCUGCCGACUGCCGACUCAUCUCGAUCGAGAGCAACAGCUUCUCCGUGGACCAGGCUAUUCUGACCGGCGAGAGCGAGAGUAUCAGCAAGGACCACAACGCUGUUGUCAACGAUGAGAAGGCUGUGCUCCAGGACCAGGUCAACAUUCUCUUCUCGGGUACUACGGUCGUCACUGGUCGCGCAAAGGCUGUUGUUGUUCUGACUGGAUCGAACACUGCCAUUGGUGAUAUCCACGAGAGCAUCACUGCUCAGAUCUCCGAGCCGACUCCCCUGAAACAGAAGUUGAACGACUUUGGCGACUCCCUGGCCAAGGUCAUCACCGUUAUUUGUGUACUGGUAUGGCUGAUCAACAUCCCUCACUUUGCGGAUCCCAGCCACGGAAACUGGACCAAGGGCGCCAUCUACUACCUCAAGAUUGCCGUCUCUCUUGGUGUCGCUGCUAUUCCCGAGGGUCUAGCCGUCGUCAUUACUACCUGCCUGGCACUUGGCACACGAAAGAUGGCCGCAAAGAACGCUGUUGUCCGAAGUCUUCCAUCCGUCGAGACUUUGGGAAGCUGCAGCGUCAUCUGCUCCGACAAGACCGGUACCCUCACCACCAACCAGAUGAGUGUGAGCAAGCUUGUGUACAUCAACGAGAAUGGCUCGGACCUGGAGGAAUUGGAUGUCGAGGGUACUACCUUCGCCCCUAAGGGUGACCUGAAGCGCGGCGGCAAGGUUGUUACCAACCUCAACGAGAGCUCCAGCACUAUCCGCCAGAUCAACGAGGUUGCCGCGCUCUGUAACGAUGCCCGUCUGGCUUACGAUGCCCGCAGCGGAAACUUCUCCAAUGUCGGCGAGCCCACAGAGGGUGCCCUUCGUGUCCUGGCCGAGAAGAUUGGGCCCUGCGCUCCCGGCAGCACCAACCCCGAAGACUGUGUCCACUACGCAAGUGCCUUGUACGAGCAACGAUACCCCCGCCUGGCCACUUUCGAGUUCUCUCGCGACCGCAAAAGCAUGUCUGUGCUUGUUCAGAAUGGCAACGAGAAGAAGCUUCUGGUCAAGGGUGCCCCUGAAUCUAUCAUCGAGCGCUGCACCCACACUCUUGUUGGCACCUCUGGAAAGCGCGUCCCUAUGAACAGCAACCUGUACGAUCUUCUGAUGAAGGAGGUUGUGGAGUACGGUAACCGCGGUCUCCGUGUCAUUGCUCUCGCAAGCAUCGAUAACGUCGGCUCCAACCCUCUUCUCAGCACCGCCAAGUCCACCGCCCAGUAUGCUCAGAUCGAACAGAAUCUCACUCUUCUUGGUCUCGUUGGCAUGCUGGACCCUCCUCGUCCUGAGGUAUCUGGUGCCAUCAAGAAGUGCAAGGACGCUGGAAUCCGUGUUAUCGUCAUCACUGGAGACAACCGCAACACUGCCGAGAGCAUCUGCCGUUCGAUUGGCGUCUUUGGCGAGUAUGAGGACCUGAAGGGCAAGAGCUUCACUGGAAGGGAGUUUGACAACCUCAGCCCCAGCGAGCAGCUCGAGGCCGCCAAGAAGGCAUCCCUGUUCUCCCGUGUCGAGCCCAGCCACAAGUCUAAGCUGGUUGAUCUCCUGCAGUCUCUCGGUGAGGUUGUCGCCAUGACUGGCGAUGGCGUCAACGAUGCCCCGGCUCUCAAGAAGGCUGACAUCGGUGUUGCCAUGGGUUCCGGUACCGAUGUCUCUCGUUUGGCCGCCGACAUGGUGUUGGCCGAUGAUAACUUUGCUACAAUCGAGGUUGCCAUCGAGGAGGGUCGAUCCAUCUACAACAACACGCAGCAAUUCAUCCGCUACCUGAUUUCGUCCAACAUCGGCGAGGUUGUCUCGAUCUUCUUGACCGCUGCCCUCGGCAUGCCCGAGGCCUUGAUUCCUGUACAGCUCCUUUGGGUCAACCUGGUCACUGACGGUCUUCCUGCCACGGCUUUGUCUUUCAACCCUCCCGACCAUGACAUCAUGAAGCGAUCCCCUCGUAAGCGUGAUGAGGCGCUCAUUGGAGGCUGGUUGUUCUUCCGCUACCUCGUCAUUGGUACCUAUGUUGGACUGGCGACCGUGGCAGGCUAUGCUUGGUGGUUCAUGUAUAACCCCGAGGGUCCCCAGAUCAGCUUCUGGCAGCUGUCCCACUUCCACCGCUGCUCGGCCGACUUCCCCGAGAUCGGGUGCCAGAUGUUUGGCGACAGCAUGGCCAAAUCGGCCUCGACCGUCUCGCUCUCGAUCCUGGUCGUCAUCGAGAUGUUCAACGCCAUGAACGCCCUGUCCUCCAGCGAGUCGCUCCUGACCCUGCCGCUGUGGGACAACAUGAUGCUCGUCUACGCCAUCGCCCUCUCCAUGGCUCUUCACUUUGCCCUGCUCUACACGCCCUUCCUACAGUCCUUGUUCUCCAUCCUGCCCCUGAACUGGACCGAGUGGAAGGCGGUGCUGUACAUCAGCGCUCCCGUCAUCCUCAUCGACGAAGUACUGAAGGCCAUCGAGAGGCAGUUCUUCCUCCAGACGACGACGGACGCCGUCACCAAGGCAAAGAAGGAGACGUAG